AUGGCUCCCACAAAGAAGGGCAGCAAGAAGAAGGGCCCAUCUGCCAUCGACAAGGUGGUAAACAGAGAAUACACUAUCAAUGUUCACAAGCACAUCUAUAGAGUGAGUUCAAGAAGCAUGCCCCUUAGGCACUCAAACAAAUCCAGAAAUUUGUCAUCAAGAAAACCUAAGGAAGAUGAAGAUUCACCAAACACGCUCUACACAUUGGUUACCUAUGUACCUGUUGCCACUUUCAAAAAUCUACAGACAAUUAAUGUGGAUGAGAACUACUGA